AUCCUCGCAUUUUAUUCUCUGCAUGCAGCGAGGUCCUCAGCCAUCCAGGCCUGGCACGCGUAUGUGACACACUAAUUGACUCUGUGUCGUUGCAGCGAUCCGCGUAGGUUAUUCCCGGAGAACACGGAGCUGCAGCGGGCUGAUCAGCAGCCAUACGGAUGGGUAACGUGCCCACCACAGUGAAGCACUGCCUGAGCUAUGAGCAACUCAUCGAGGACUACCCGUGGCUGAGACGCUGGCUGCAGGAGGACAAGACAAUUACAGGACAUGAAUAUCCAGAGUUUGUUAAAAUUGUUGAAGUCGGGCCGAGAGAUGGACUUCAAAAUGAAAAGGAGAUUGUUCCAACGGGGGUGAAAAUCCAGCUGAUAGACAUGCUCUCAGGAACAGGCCUGUCUGUGAUCGAGGCCACCAGCUUUGUCUCUUCAAAGUGGGUACCGCAGAUGGCAGACCACACUGACGUACUCAGAGGAAUCCAGAAAGCGCCUCAUGUUCAGUACCCGGUUUUGACACCUAACCUGCAAGGCUUUCAGGAUGCCGUUGCAGCUGGAGCUACUGAAGUGGCGGUGUUUGGGUCAGCAUCUGAGACCUUCAGUAAAAAAAAUAUUAACUGUUCUAUUGAUGAAAGUAUGCUGAGGUUUGAGGAAGUCAUUAACGCUGCCAAAAAGCGACAAAUUCCAGUCCGAGGGUAUGUUUCUUGUGCGCUUGGGUGCCCCCAUGAGGGACAGAUUGAACCUUCCAAAGUUGCAGAGGUGGCAAAGAGAUUAUAUGAAAUGGGCUGUUACGAGAUUUCCUUGGGAGACACCAUUGGUAUUGGUACUCCAGGUUCCAUGCUUAAGAUGCUACAGAGGGUGAUGAAGGAGGUGCCCAUCGAUGCUCUAGCAGUUCACUGCCAUGACACCUACGGGCAAGCACUGCCCAACAUCCUUACUGCACUUCAAAUGGGGGUCUCUGUGGUGGAUUCUGCAGUAGCUGGCCUGGGAGGUUGCCCUUACGCUCAGGGUUCAUCUGGAAAUGUUUCAACAGAGGACGUUCUCUACAUGCUUCAUGGCAUGGGCAUUGAAACGGGUGUGAACAUUGCCAAAGUCAUAGAGGCUGGUUCCUUCAUCUGCAAUGCUUUGUCUCGCAAGACAAAUUCCAAGGUUGCCCGAGCAAGAGGCACGGCACGCUGUGAUGUGUCUCUGUAAUGCAGCAUCUUUAAAUAAUUCAGUCUGUUCCCUUUAAAGUGCUUCUCCAUUGUUGUUGCAUUCAGAUUUGUUGCCUGUGUGUCUGUAUUUGAAUUGCAUUGCUCCUUGUAGCUCAUGUAUGAAAAAUGUCUCAUUUUCAGUUUCCUACUUUAAUGUUGAUUUCCAGAUUAUAUUUACAGCUGAGGACCUUUAUAAUCAGGUGAAUAAGUACGUCUUUCUUAGAUUAGUUUUUGCUCUGCGCGGUUUGAUAUAACAAAAUUAAAGAUUGGUCACACUGAAGGGAAAGUAACACUGGGCUGAUAACUAUCAAGAUGAGUAUUCAUUUGUGAUAGAGGUCUGGAUUGAUGACUCGAUCAUUUAUGAUCUGGGUCACUUUUAUUUGUUUGCAUCAAUCAAUGGCCUUAUAAAAUGAUGUAACAGGUGUAUGGGUGUCUCCAAUAUGCACUUUACUCCUCUGAAGACCUUUUGUAAUUUGCUAUGAACUUUUAUAAUUAAUUAAAAAUCAGACACCCUCUCAAACUACCACAUCAACAGCAUUUUAAAGGAAGUACAGAUGAGUUUUUGUUAUUAGGUUUGCCAAAGAUUCUUAAAAAAGUGCCCCUUGAUAGUUUUUUGUUUGUUUGUUUGUUUGUUGUUUUUGUAUUUCAGAACCUUUUACCAUGACAUAAGCUAAUGUCUGAGACAAAUGUGGUUUAACGUUUUCAUGUCUACGCCCUACUGUGCAAUCUG